AUGGCCAACAGGCACGAAAUCGAUGUUGAUGGCGACCUCGUCCUGACGCUCAGCAGAAUGAGACUGGCCGAUGCAGAUGCAGAAGUUGAAGAUGAAGAUGAAACCCUGCAAAACGACGAGUUGCGAGUUUCUUCAAAAGUGCUGCAGCUGAAUUCGCCUGUCUUCAAGGCCAUGCUGGGCGGAAAAUUUAAAGAAGGGACCGAACUCGCCGAAAAGACCGGACCAGAGCCGUACGACUUGGAGCUCCCAGACGACGAUGUAGAAGCCAUGUCGAUACUGUGCCAGAUUCUUCACAACGUCUACGUCCCAGAGAUUCCGAAGCCCAUGUCAUUAGAGAAAUUGGCAUAUAUCUGCGACAAGUACGAAUGCAUCAACGCCCUCAAGUACUGCGGCAUCGUAUGGAUCAGAGAUUGGCUCCAACAGUUUGAUGAUGAGGUUCCCCCGAUGAGCGAUUUUUGCCAUCUGCUGGUUUUCGCCUAUGUGAUAGACCUUCCAGUUGAGUUCUCGGAAAUUUCAUGGCGGAUAUUCCUAUACCAUGAAGGUCCCUUCUCGACGGCAUCAGAGCAGGUGAAGAUGCUAGUGGAUCAUCCUUUGCUUCACACCGACAUCAUCAGCCUGAAUACGAUGAUUAAUCGCAAGCCAGAGUGUCUCGAGAUCAAAAGACAUGAGUCCUGCAACUCAUUCUAUAAAGGCGUCAUCUGCCCAAUGAUGUGGGAUUGGGACACUUCAGACGCAGCCUGUUCCAGGGCGUCGAAGGCUCUUGGGUACUACGUAGAGACCCUUCACAAGUCCGACUUACUACCCAGGGACAUCGACUUCUCAAAACACAAAUUCUGCAACCUCCUGGAUACGGCAGUGAGCAUACAGAAGAUCUCAAUGAAGGAUUUCCCUUGCAUGAGAGAAGUAGGUGUGUGCCAGUGUCGGUCGAACCGAUACAUCAAUCGCAAUCUGGCAAGUGAGGUGGAAAAAGAGGCGAGGAAAAUCAUCCAACAGAGGCGAGUGUUCAAUUGCCUCGACUGCUUGAAGUCAGACGGUGUAUCUGGGAAAGACGAAACGUGCAGAGUACCUCACUCUUAG